AUGGCGGACCACCAAGAGAACCCCUCUACCACCUCGAGCAUGGUGGGAUCGACGAACCUUCCGGUUCUGCAGCCCGUCGCGUCGGCCGACGACGGCGGCAUUUCUUCCUUUGGCGCAGAGGUCGACGCGGCGGGACAGAAGGCGCUUGCAGAGAUGGAGCAGCGGGUCGCAGCAAAGGCCAGCGAGGUACAGAGCAAGGCAUCGGAGCUACAAGAGCUCGAGCAACGACUCGCAGCCGCCGAGCGCAAAAAGGCAGAGCUCGAGGCAAAGGGAGUACAAAUGGGACCAUGAGCUAGCCGUGGUAAUCAAAUGGCACAAUUCAUCUGUACCUACCGGCGUGUUAAUCCACCUCUGCUACGCCCUCGCGUGUCUCUUUCGGCACAUCACCUCAACUCUCUGUCUGUCCAUGUAGCUUUCCUCAGGCGCAAGGGACACACGUACAAAAGAUCGGCCUGCACGCAUUGCUCGACGGAGGGUAGAUGCAAAGAAAGAUAGAUGAGAAUAUCAGGACGAGAGAACGUCACUUCUUUGCCCCGAGUCUCCGAGAUGGUGCUCCGGAACUUGACGUCAGAAGGUUACGUCCUAGGGAGGAUUUAGAUUUAUUUCGCUCCUGAUCAACCUAUCUCUCGGGCCCAUGGAUUGUCUUGCUCGACAGGAGCAGUGGCUUCGUGCCGAUCUUGACAGGGCAAUCUGGACCGGGCAGCAGGGACAGGGUCAAUAGAAAGGAGAAGCGUGAAGGGAGC